GCGUCUGCUACUGUCGCAAGCCGCUCCUGCCACUUGCAGCGCACGUGUAACGCCAGCAUCGCGAAUAGCCCCAGGCGUCACCACGAGUAGUAGUUCACACGACGCUCCCUUGCGCCGUGCUCUCCGUUGUCGCCGCUCCCCACGCAUCUCAUUACACCACUGACCGCAGGUUGCAUACUCGGCCGCCAAGUUGUGCCGUCGUCUCUCCCAGUGACGUGGUCGCCAACGGAACAGUCGCCAGCGCAUACGCUUCCGAGCAGGCAACCGAUAAUAUGUCGGCCUCUCCCCCAAAACAGGAGGGCGUGGAACCAGUCCAGUCGCCUGACGAAGAACAGCCCAUGGACAGGAACACAGAGGAGAACACAGCUCAGAUAGGUUACGAAUUCGAGGUCAAGGAGCAAGACCGAUGGCUUCCAAUCGCCAAUGUCGCGCGAAUCAUGAAAAUGGCGCUCCCCGACAACGCCAAGAUAGCCAAAGAGGCCAAAGAAUGCAUGCAGGAGUGCGUGAGCGAGUUCAUCUCAUUCAUCACCAGCGAGGCGUCCGAAAAAUGCCAGCAGGAAAAGCGCAAGACCGUCAAUGGCGAGGACAUUCUGUUUGCCAUGACUUCACUCGGCUUCGAGAACUACUCAGAGGCCCUCAAAAUCUACCUAUCCAGGUAUCGCGAAGUAAGCUGCCAACUUUUCUUACCCCCCUUCUGUCCUUCUUUUGUUGCCUACUAUUUGGCCGAAACGUUUAUCUGAACUAUUGGUAUUGAUUGGUGGUACGAGACCCUCCUCGCAAAUCAGAACAAGCCACCCACUGGGCAGUUCGGUUCAUCCGGGUCCGGCGGGCCCGCAGGCCCAGAGGGUCAACAGCAUGUACUGAGUGGCGACUCCGAAAUGGCCGAAGACGGC